GACAAUGUGAUGAUUAAUGUCCAUUGUCCAUACUGUUUGGUUGGUAACAUGGUAAUCACCUGACAGUGUUUUGAUGAUAAGUAUAAUAUUUAAACUGAGUUCUCUGACUGAGUAAUGAAAUAGUUGUUAUUGUUGUAUUUGUGUUGCUUGUUCAACAGUAACAGAUUACAGAGUUUCUAGAUUUUCAACCAAUUGAAUACUAUUAUUAAGUAGGUCGAUUUUAUUGCCGGCAUGGCUCGACUAAAGGUUUUCUUGAUUAUUUGUUUCAUUGCAACCAUUACUUGUGAAAAUUUAGUAAGAGUACCUCUUACAAAAGGAAAGUCUCCUAAAAAUAUACUGAGGGAAGUUGGUACUCAUGUACAACAAGUUAAGCUGAGAUAUGCAAGUGGUGCAGAACCUGUUCCAGAACCACUUUCGAAUUAUUUGGAUGCUCAAUAUUUCGGGGCUAUUUCGAUUGGCACACCGCCACAAAAGUUUGUUGUUGUCUUCGACACGGGAUCUUCAAAUCUUUGGGUGCCUUCCAAAAAAUGCUCCUUUACCAACAUUGCCUGUUUGCUUCAUAACAAAUACGAUUCUUCUAAAUCGUCCACUUACAAAGAAAAUGGCACGGAGUUUGCAAUUCGUUACGGAUCUGGAAGUCUUUCAGGAUUUCUGUCUACUGACGUCGUGGGGGUUUCGGAUAUAAAUGUAAAAGGCCAGACCUUUGCUGAAGCCUUAAGUGAACCUGGAUUAGCCUUUGUAGCAGCGAAGUUCGAUGGAAUUCUUGGGUUGGCUUAUUCACGAAUUUCCGUCGAUGGAGUCGUUCCAUUGUUCUACAAUAUGGUAAAUCAAGGCAUAGUUUCCCAAGCAGUGUUCAGUUUCUACCUUAACAGAAACCCUGAUGGCAAGGUUGGAGGUGAACUCAUUUUUGGCGGAUCUGAUCCUAAUUACUACAGUGGAAACUUCACGUACUUGCCGGUUGAUCGUCAGGCUUACUGGCAGUUUAAAAUGGAUGAAGUGAUAGUGGGCCAAAAAACAUUCUGCAAAGGUGGAUGUGAAGCCAUUGCCGACACAGGCACCAGUUUGAUUGCGGGUCCCGUAGACGAAGUAAAAGCUCUUAAUGAAGCAAUUGGCGCAACUCCUCUUGUUGGUGGAGAAUACGCGGUUGAUUGCAGCCUCAUUCCUAACUUGCCCGCAAUCAAGUUUAUCCUUGGCGGUAAUACUUUCGUAUUGGAAGGCAAAGAUUACGUUUUAGCGGAAAGUGCAAUGGGUAAGACAGUGUGUUUAUCUGGAUUUUUCGGUAUAGACAUUCCCCCACCGAACGGCCCAUUGUGGAUUCUAGGAGACGUAUUCAUUGGAAAGUACUAUACUGAAUUUGAUGCUCAAAAUAAUAGAGUGGGUUUUGCCAUUAGUAAGUAAGUUGAUUGAUUAGUCUUAUCCUUAUCCCAAAUGUUAUCAGUAGGCGACAUCUUGCUGCAAAUGACAAACGCAAGCAACUAUAUUUUAUGUAAAAACACUUAGUGAUAUUAGGGAUGUAGAAAAAAUGUCAAGAGCUUCUGGAAAAAUAAAGAAACUGCUUUUUCCUUUU